GUUAAAACUAACUCUAUUGUCGUGGCUUCGGAGCUCGCAAUUAAUGACUUCGGUAAAUGACCCUUCGGUCACUAAGUGCAUCUUGUCCUCAGAGAAACUCGGUCCAGAAGAGAGAAACCAACUUUGGAGAAUCUUCGAUGAACGGCCAGCGUUGACUCGAAUGAUUCUGAGAAGCUUCGACAAAUCUGGCUUCUUUAAGACCAAAGAUCUCCUGAAAAGCUUCGACAAACUCGGCCCGGACAAGAAUGAAGCUCUCCUUCGAAGCUUCGACGAAGAACCAGGCGCUACCUUGAAUCUCCUGGCAACAUUCGACAAACCAGGAGUAAACAGUAUAAGCGAACUCCGGACGAGCUACGAUACUUUUGCCUCGAAAGAGGGACACGGGCUCCUGAAGUCCUUCGAUGAACAACCGGGCAUGACACGAAUGCUCCUGAGAAGCUUUGGCAAGCUUCGGCCGAACGAGAGACGCCAACUUCUGAUUACUUUUGAAAAUUUGAUGCCGUACGAGAGACGUCAGCUUCUCGACUGCAUCGCUGGGAUACAACAGCAUCUCAUCAGCUGCCAUGAAACUGGUUAUUUCCAGCAAGGAUUCAGCUGGGAAGGAGCCGAGACAAGUCAGCUGAGGAAGCUCAGUAAUGUCCCAAGUGCUUUCCUGCUGUGA